AUGGCCAAACCUCAGCCCUUCUGGGCUCUCGGUGGGCCGGGCCCCGAUGCGCCCGCAUCGCCGCGAACCAUGCGAACCCUCCGAAAGAUACAAUCCCACCAAGUGCUGUCAACCUCUAGCGCGCUCAUUGCCCAGACCCAGGCCUCUGACAAAGCUGACUCUCGCGAAGCUGGCCUUGGAUCUGCAACUCCUGGCGCCACAACUCGAGCACGCGCACAUCGCCGAGCUCGAUCAAAUAGCGACGCGGCUUCUCGUGAAGCUGCAGCAACACCACCUACGUCUCAUAGACGACCCGCGCGGAAAACAGGGUCUGGAAUUGGGGUCAAGCGCUCGCUUCUGGAGAGCUUUUUGCGCGACGGACCGCAAACUUCAAAUCCUCAGGAGGGACUGAAAGAGCUUAAAUACCUCGUUCUAUCCAGCAGAGUGGACGCUGAUGGCGAUGGCAUGUCGCCAUACCGAAUCUAUCUCUGGUUGGUCCUCCUCGACGUUCCUCCUAUGCCCACCGAUGACUACCUUGCUCUUAUCCACCGCGGUCGUUCUCCCGCCUACGCCAAAAUUCGCAAUGAUACCUUCCGCACAUUAGCCACAGACCCUCUAUUUAAACGCCGAGUCACAGAAGCAAGCUUGAUUCGACUCCUCAAUGCCGUGGCAUGGAAACUCCACGAUUCCAGACCAAAACCCCGGUCUCGACCCUCGUCAUCCCGGCGCCGUGAGAUGGAGUUUAAUGCGCCACCCAGCAUUGCAGAGGAGUCCCCCUUUGGUGGGGAGCUUGAGAAGGUUCCCAAUAGCGAUACAAGUGAUUCGGCUAUGUACGUCCAAGGCAUGAAUGUCUUGUGUGCGCCAUUCCUCUAUGCUGCCCGUAGCGAGGUGGAAGCCUUCGCUCUGUUUCAUUACUUUGUCACACGUGAGUGUCCAGGGUAUAUCCGUGGUGCUAUGGAUGGAGUCCACAAGGGUCUUCGUUUGGUUGAUCGAUGCCUUGAGAUCGUGGAGCCCAAGCUUGCCACGUAUCUAUUCUCUAAGGGCAUGCAUGCCGAGCUGUACGCAUUCCCAUCAGUGUUAACUUUGUGCGCUUGUACACCUCCAUUGCCAGAAGUGUUGCAUCUGUGGGAUUUCUUAUUUGCAUAUGGGGCACAUUUGAACAUUUUGUGUAUUGUCGCCCAGCUAAUUCGUAUGCGUGAUUUGAUUUUUGAGAGCCCAAGCCCAAACAAAAUUCUCCGCUCAUUCCCUCCCCUUGACGCAAAGGAGAUCAUUGCUUUGACUGUUCUCCUUGUCCGUAAGAUCCCAGAGGACCUUUACGCAGAGAUGAUUAGCCAUGCAAAAUAG